AUGGCAGACCAAGGCAAGAAGCGCAAGGCGAGCAAAAUCGCCGAGGAUGCCGACGACAGCGUGGAAGAGGCCGAAGCGCCGGCGCAGCAAGUGGAGGUAGUGGACCUCAUAGCCGAGUCGGAUGACGACGGCGGAGUGGCGCCGAGCGAGGACACGGCCGAAGUGACGCAGCGCAAGGCCGACUGGGAGGCCAAGGCGGCCGUGAAGCGCGAACGGACUGGGGGCGACGAAGGUGUGCAAAAGCUGCUGGAGCAGCACUUGGCACGGGAGGAGGCCGUCAAGAAGGCAAAAGCAGCCGAGGAGGUGAAGGCGAAGACAAAGCGCGCCAAAGAGGCCAAAGCGAUCGCAGCGGCUGCUGCGAAAGCGGCUGACGAAACAGCCAAGGAGGCUGCAGAAGCAGCGAGUAAGGCGGCCAGCGAAGGUGAAGCAAAGGCGAGCGGCAAGGGAGCCACCGUAAAGACGGCGUCCAUAGUGAAAGCCGAACUUGGUGGGUCGGAGCGGACCGGCCUCGCGCGAGACGAAGUGUUCAAGCGAGAGUUGGCGUUCCACUGGGAUCGCUCUCGGAUCUUCUCGCCUGCAGGUUGGGGUGGCGUGGACUUGGGGUAUGUGCGCGACGGGUACCAGACGGCCAAUGCUACCGGCGUGGAGCGGUAUCUGCGCUUGUUUGCAAGCGCCCAAUGGUUUGAGUUGCAUGUGUUGUGGAUGCUGCUGGCCGUGGAAUCCGUGCAGCUUGCGAGGGUGAGUUUUCACAGGUUCGAUGAGUUCAAGGGCGCCAUGCACGAGUUGCAUGAACGGGAGCGCCUGGAGCGCUGGACUGUGGACGUGGGGCGGAUCGAGCUUUGCAAUGAUGAAACAUUGCUAGAGUACUUUGUUGCGUUUGUGUUGACGCUGGUCGGACAAGGCAGCGGGCGGCAUGGGCAGUUGCCUCUCACAGCGGGGCGGUUAGCCAACUCGAUGUCUAAUUUCGCCGGGGUGCGGCGACAUAAGCACGGGCGUUUGUACGCACGGUCUGUCGCGCGGAUGGCCGCCCACAUAAAUAUGCGGCACGGACCUGAGGUGCGAGCAACGUCGGCGCAGGUGGCAGCGCGAUUGUCGGUGGCGCGGCCGAUGAAUCCGUUCGCGGAGUACAAUCCGCCGUCGGGACGUCAACAGGGCGGUCAGUUGACAGCGGUCAAGUGGCAAGCAGCCGCAGAUUAUCGGGCGGGGGCGCGUGCGAUUGCGGCGCCGCAACAAUGUGGUGCCGAUGUCGAGGACGGCGACGGCUGGGGUGAAGAGCCGCUGCGGGAUCCAGAGGAUCGGUUGCCGUCACUUCAUCGAUCGUAG